AUGCCUUGUUUACUAUUUUAGAUAUUUCGCAACAUUCCAUUAUUUGGGUAAGUACAGAAAGUUGUUAAAGACAGGAAAAUAUGAAUAAAGAGAGUUGGUAAUGACUAAAAAAGGAUGAUAACCCCUAUCGUGGGUGAUAUGCUUAAUUGUGCUAAAAUACCUAAAAUUCAAUAUCAUUCAUUCGGUAAAAAAAAAAAAAGAGAGAUAACAUUAUUAUUUCUUCCAUCUGAAAAGUUUGUUGCAAUAAUCAGUAUCACAAUCCAUAAUGUCGUCGUUACUACCAUAUCUCUAGGGCCUCAUUAAUGAAUUCUUGUGUAAUAGCUCUGAUUGCUCGCUCUUAAAGAAUUCUUGUGUAAUAGCUCUGGUUAUCUCGAACUCCUCUUCUCUGUGGCUAAUUAAUUGGGUUCGUAACUACGAACUGACAUUUACCUCGGUAUGAGAUAUCUCCUCAACAAUCAACUGCUCUUGGGCUUGGAGAAAGGUGUUAAAAACCAGAAGUCUGGCUGCAACUCAUUUUCAGGUUAGAUCUGAUGGUGUAUACUGGAAUGGUAAAAUCAUGGAGAAUUUUUAUGUGACAAUAGCUUGGGAGGUCAUUCGACAUAAGAGUAGGAAGGUGAAUUGGAGUAAAUUGGUUUGGAAGUCUCUUUGUACACCAAGGGACAAGGUAAUUGUAUGGCUAUUAAUACACAAGAGGAUAGAUCCGGCUUUGACAACAUACAAAACAAUUAGGAGGUGUUUUUCGGCGAGAAAAUUUGCGUUGAAAUCAAAUUGAUUGUACCUUGAAUUUUUGAACAACGAUUAACUUUACACGGUUCACACCUCUUUAAACAAAGAUCGAACGAGGGUGUUCGAUGUUCACACGUGACACGACUCAAGUGACAGUUCUACAUUAAAUUACUCCUAAUCCUAUGGAGGUCAGUGAGAGCUCCAGAUCUACGACUACCGCUAAAAUUGCAAAGAAAAUGAUAAAAGGAUAAAAUUUGACAUUGGGUUGUCUGGUGUGAAUUUGGCGAACUCCUCCUCUGUCAAUUCCUCCUCCUAUUUAUAACUUUGAAGUGGUAACCGUCGUAAAAAACCGUCUGAAAGUAACUUCCAAAAAGAACAGCUCCAUUUCUUCCUCGGACGUGGUUGACGUGUCCUUGAACUUGGGAUAAUCGGUAGUUGCCCUGUUAACCGCCUGCUUUCUCUCUUGUAACUGAUGUCUUGUUACUUGCCACCCCUUUUACCAUGGCCAUUCCAGAUCUCAAGGCUAGGGCCUUCAACAUCUCACGACUGACAUGGGGUCUAGAUCUCGCGAUGUGGUCUAUAUCUCGCGACCACCUAGGUCUAUUAGACUUGACGCCAACGUGGUCUAGAUCUCGUGACCACCAUGGUCUAUUAGACUUGACGCCAACGUGGUCUAGAUCUCGCGACCACCUUGGUCUAUUGGACUCGACGCCAACGUGGUCUAGAUCUCGCGACCACCUUAGUCUAUUGAACUCGACGCCAACGUGGUCAAGAUCUCGCGACCACCUUGGGCUACCCAACUCGCGACGAGCCUGAUCUAGUAGACUCACGUUGUUAAUACUGUGCCCUUAAAUCUCUUUACCGGAAGAUGUUAAUAUCAAAUAUUAUAUGCUACUACUUAAGAUUUCGUGACAAAUAUUUUAGUUGCUAAUUACCUUUGUUGGAUUAAUUUAUUGCCUUGUUUUUCCACUACAGAGACAUAAAUGUUUGCCGGUAAUACUUCUUUUAGUGACAUAUAUUUUUGUUUGCAAUAAUAUUAGAUUUUGAGUACUAUUAUAUUAGCCAUUAAAAAUAUUUCUUAAUUCACUAAUAUUUGUCACUAACGAUGAUAUUGACGCAAAAAUAUCUUUACUAUGGAUUUUGGAAGCAAACAUGCUAGUAAGAUUGUAUUAAAACUAUAUAUAAAAAUCCAUACAGUUAUCUUAACUUAUAUUAUGGCAGUUGUGGAGAAAAUUUUUGCCACGUAGGACAAAUAAAGCUCCACAAUUUUCCAUGUCAUUUAUGAUUUUAACAUUUUAAGUUAUUAAUUACAUUAAAAUUAAAUUAAAUAAACAUGUAUACCAAUCAUCGUAGCCUAGAUUUGAACCUAUGACUAAUGAGUUCAAACUAUUAUCAUUUCAAGUGUUCAACCACUAGGAUAAAGUAUAUUUGAUGCUAUUAAUUACGACAAACAUGUAUAUCAAUCACCUGAAUUAGAGAUAGCAAUUCUCAAUCCAAUCCACCAAUCCAAUCCAUCCACUUAAAUAUCAAACUAAUCCAAUCCAUUUAAAUCCAAUUCAUUUCAUCCUAAUCCAAUUGGAUGGGUGGAUUCAUGGAUUGAUCCAUGGAUCCAAAUGACAAAUUACGUUUUAGUACCUAAUCUUUUUAUAUUUUACAUUUUGGUACCUAAAAUUUAUUUUUAUGCAAAAAAUGUCAUUAGAAAAUUAUAUUUUGGUAUCUAAAUUUUUUAAUUAUGACAUUUUAGUACCUAAACUUUUCAAAAUUUACAUUUUGGUCCAUGGGUUGGAUGUUAUUUGGACCCAUGGAUCAAUUCACUAAUCCUAAUCCAUAAUACCAUAUGCUCCAAUCCAUGAAUCCGCCAAUCCAUUUAGUCCAAUCCACUUGAUUUAUGGAUCUAUCAAUCACAAUCCACCAAUCCAUUUGCCACCUCUAACCAGAACUAAUAUUUCAUCAUGCAACCUAAGAUUGUAAUCAUUUGAAUUGUUUAACAAAUAUAAUAAAAUCUCUUUGAUGCAAGUAAUCACAAGAUUAAUACUCAUAUUAUAAAAAUAUCUACAACACAUACCAUUCUAUUUUUAUUUAAUGGUUGACUUCUGUAUAUUACACAACAAAUACUAUCACGGUUAAAAUUUUGUAUUCUAUUUUCAGCAAUGAUAGAAACCAUUAACAACUACAAAUGACCAAUUUUAAUUUUUAGUUUAUAAUAUGUUUGAUAAUCUUUUUUUUUUAAAUAAUACAAAAUUCAAAAAGCAUGAUUUAGUUGGUACACAUUUAUAAACUCUUACAUAAUUUGACAUGUGAUUUUUUUUAAAUUGAAAAAUGAAAAAGCAAAGAAUAAUCUUCUUUCGUAUUCUAGAACACAAAGAAUUUAAUAUUUUGUUUAUACGAACUACUAUACACAUGUGAACCAAUACAGUUAUGUUGCAAUUUGUUAGAAAAUAACUACUAUAAAUAUUUGAACUAAUACACUCUUAUCAUGAUGAACAAAAAAUAAAAUAAAAAAAUUGUGCUUAUUAGAUUAGUCGUAAAAAUGGUGGUUUGUUAAGUCAAAACCAUAGUCAUAAUAACCUAUUCAUGUAAGAUGUUCCUAUACUUUAUGAUUAAUGAAAUAUAUCAACAUAAUUUAUUCAUAUGCUACACUGAUUCACAACAAUUUCAUGUGUUUAAGAAUAUCACGAGACACCAAUGGUCAUCAAAUUUUUUUUUUGUAUCUACCGAAUUAUGGUUAUAUGGCUUAAAUAUGUCCUUGCCCAAUCGGUAUAUUUCAUGCAUAUUAAAAUGAUAUCAUUAUC